UGCUACACAUUUAUUAUGUGUAGUGUUAUCAUCUACUCACACAUAAGUAGGAACAUUUCAGAAUUCUACAGUGGAUUUUUGAAUUCGAAUUCCAAAAGCACACUGAACACUUCCUUAGCAAUUAAAGAUCAAGUCAAAAAACUUGCUGAGGGGAUUGAUUUGCUAAGCCAGCAACUUCAUAAACAGGUGUUGGACAAACAUGAAGAUCUUUUACAACAAGCUAGUCAUGCAACAAAAUUGGAAAAUGUUUUGAAUACAAUGAAUACACAUGUCCGAAAUUUAUUUGCAAAUGCUGAACGUCUAAAGGCACAGAUUACACUUCCUUAUAAUGAGCUAGAAAUGCACACAAAAGUAUUAAGUCGACUACAUUUGGCAAGUCAUAUUCUCCGACAAGUAAACAGACUACAACAAUUGAGUAAAAGAUUAUCUAAUACAAAUGAUCCUGUUCAUAAAGCAACAUUGUUGCAAGAACUCGAGCAUCUUGCCUCUGAUCCAGAACUAAAAGACAUAGAUGCUGUUACUUCUGAACUGAGGAAUAUAAGGAUACAUCAACAGAAAGUUAUACAAUUGGCAACUGGUUCCCUAAAUCAAGGGGUUAUUAACGAAAACACAACCCAGACUACCACAGCACUUCAGAUUUUUAUCAAUUUGGGUACAGUCGAAUCAGUCCUCGACAGUUUCGUAGAACAAAACUUAUAUGAAUGCCGAGAAAGUUUGCAAUCGGCACUUGAAGCCACUGCUGGAAGUUUUUCUACAAAGGCAAAAAAUGUACCAGGCCACGUGAAUAUACCUUCAUCUCAAGGAUUCAGGAACAAAAUAUGGAUUGAAGUGGAGAAAGUAUUCUCGGAAGAUUUCUUUCAAAUUUGUAAACAAGUAAAAUUCCUUCAGAUUACAAUGAAUAACGUACAUUUUUCCAACGGAGAAUUCGGUAUUGCUUCGAAAUUUUGGAAUGAGUUCGGAAAAUUAUUACAAGAAGAAAUUCAAAAGUCUUCAUCAGCUGUUCAACAGAUGCUAGAAGACGACUAUCCAAAGUUGUUGAAAAGUUUUUUCGAGUUAACUAAGAAAAUCAAUUAUACUUCAUUUUCCUUUGAUCGAAAUGUUUUGAGAAGGCUUGAAAACUCCUAUUUAUCUACUUCAUUAACAAGGAUGCUGGAUCCAACUCAGGCAAUGUUUGUAGGUGAGAAUGGUUCACCUUCACAUGAUCAGAUUGAUUCUUUGAUUCGUGUGAUCACAAGUGAAUUGAGUGUAGCCUUGAUUGAGGAAAAUUUGAGUGAACAAAUAUCCAAAAACGUCUCAAAGAGUAUAAAAAUGUUUGCAGUUAAGACGGAGCAACAAUUAGAAACUGGACCAGAAGCAGCACAAGUAAUAGGCGGAACUCCAAACGCAGGUCAACAAAAGAAUGUCAAUCUCGCAAAUGCGUUAUAUUAUCUCAAGACACAGAUACAAAGGAUGUUAUCAAAUAUGAAAGAAAGUUUAGCUGAAUCAUGUCAAACAAUUAUCAAUGAGAGUUUGCAAAAUCUUGACAACUUGGUCACAGCUAUAAUUCAACCAUUAGUAGUUUCGGUCAUCUCUGUUGUUGAAACCAUUAUUGUGACCCUGCAUUUGGAGUCGGGCUGGACUAGACAACAAGUUUCCAGUAAAAGUUAUUCAUGUUCUCCCUACAUGAGAGAAUUGAAUGAAUUUAUCAGCAGAGUUUACCGAACUCGGUGUGUAUUACAGAUAAAAUUUGCGCAAAUCAAGAAUGUCAGAUAA